AUGGCUCGGAACGGUGCCGUCACGACGGGCAACAAGCGCAAGCUUGCCAACGGCAGCGCCAAGGAGAAGACGGGCAGCAAGAAGACCAAGUUCGAGAAGCCCUCGCCGAGCGAGGAGCCUGAGUCUGUCAGCGACGCCAGUGACGCCGGCGCAUUCUCAGACGACAAUGAGGACGAUGGAGGCGCCCAGUUGCAUCCCGAUCGGGCGGGCCGUGUUCAGGGCGAGGAGGGUUCUGGCGCACAGGGUUUCGAGAAGGGCCAAAACUCGAGAGAGUCGCACCUGAAGCAGAAGGCAAUCGCGCAAGAGCGGAAAGCCAACAAGCCCCUCGCCGACGAAUUGCAGCGGACCAAGAAGUUGUGGGAGAGAUUACGGCGCAAGUCGCACGUGCCCAAGGAGGAGCGCCAGAAGCUGGUGGAGGAGCUGUUUACCAUCACGACCGGUCGCAUGAAGGACUUCGCCCUCAAGCACGACGCAGUGCGUGUGGUACAGACCGCCAUCAAGUACUCGACCCCCGAACGCCGGCGGAUGAUUGCGACCGAACUCAAGGGCACUUAUGCACAGCUCGCCGAGAGCAAGUACGCCAAGUUCCUGAUCGGCAAGCUCAUGGUGGAAGGCGACAAGGAGGUCAGGGAUCUCAUCGUGCCCGAGUUUUAUGGCAAGGUCCGGAAGCUCAUCAACCACCCCGAGGCGUCCUGGAUUCUGGACGACAUCUACCGUGGCGCGGCCACUCCUGAGCAAAAGUCCAUCUUGCUCCGAGAGUGGUACGGGCCCGAGUUCUCCAUCUUCCGCACGACAGGUGAAGGGGCGCCUACAGCCGAGCUUUCCAAAAUCCUUGAAGCCGAGCCUAGCAAGCGAGUCAUAAUCAUGAAAUACCUCCGUGAGGCUACGAAUCAGCUUGUCCAGAAGAAGCUUACUGGCUUUACUAUGCUCCACGACGCUAUGCUGCAGUACUUCCUGAACGCGAAGCCGGGCACAGAGGAACUCAAGGAAUACAUCGAGAUGAUCAAGGAGGACGAGAACGACCUGUUGAAGAACAUGGCUUUCACGAAAUCUGGCGCGAAGCUGGUCUGCCUGCUUCUUGCCCAAGGAACUGCCAAGGACCGCAAGCAGAUUCUCAAGACGUACAAGGAUACCUUCCAGCUCAUGGCCUCGGAUCCCCACGGCCAUAUGAUCAUCCUUACCGCCUACGAUGUCAUCGAUGAUACUGUCCUGACGUCCAAGUCCAUCAUUCCCGAGAUCCUCGGCAAGUCUGAGGACAACCAGGUUUCAAACAUUGUCAUCUGCGCCAACGACCCAAAUGCCCGCCUUACUGUGCGAUACUUGCUUGAAGGUCCUUCGAAGGCUCUGUUCCAGGCCAGCCACGCCUCGGACUUGCAACUGCUCGAGGAGAUCUGGGAGAUUCGCAAAACGACUAGUAAGAAGGAUGCUGAAAUCAGGAGGAAGGAGCUGGUUGCAGCACUUUCACCAUUCCUCCUGGCGGCCAUCGCGUCGGCACCCUCGGAUCUGCUCUCAACAUCCUUCGGAUGCCAGCUCGUGGCCGAGGCACUCCUGUCGUGCGUUGGGGACAAGAAGGAAGCUCUGGAGGCCGUGGCAGCUGCAGCCGGCGGCAACCCAGACGAGGUAGACGAGCAGAUGGAAGGUGCCGAGGAUACGGCGCCCGAGUUUGCUCCCCAGUCACACAUCUCCAAGGCCCCGCAUGGCGGCCGGAUGUUCAAAACCCUGAUUGCUGGCGGCCACUUCGACAAGGCCACUAAGCAGAUCGUCCCGGUUGACCCUCCGCUGCACUUUGCCGACAUCCUCUACCCAGUCAUCAAAGACAACAUUAUCUCUUGGGCUACUGGUCCCAGCUCCUUCGUUGUUGUCAGCCUGCUCGAGGUUGAUGACUUCUCAAGCAAGGACGAGCUGCGCAAGCUGCUGAAGAAGGAGAAGAAGGCGCUUGAGAAGGCGGCUACCGAAGAGACACCGGAGCAGAAGGCGGCGAGAGAGGCCGCCGAGACCGAGGUUGACGCGGAGAAGCCAGCCAAGAAGGGCAAGAAGGCCGCGGUGAAGAAGGACCGCCCUAUCGGCAAUGCUGGCGCCAAGCUGCUGCUUGAGAAGCUCAAGGCUUGA